AUGCCACCUCUCGCGAAUAGAGUAGAGGUUCGAACAGCGGUAGCGUUACCUCUUGCGAUGAUGUGUGUUGCUAAGGGUCGACACUUUCCUUUCCAUUCGAUGAUCGCAAAUCAAAGAUGGCUCGAUUCUCUGCUAUUUGGAGCUGAUUUGGCUCUGGAGAAAGGGGAUUUCAGCUCCGUGCAAGUGCAAGCCCUCAAGCUUAUCGGCUUCCUCAGUUCCCGCUCUCACUCUCAAGUCGACGAGGCCUUUAUACGUCCGAUUCGGCUCGACGCUCACUGGUUCCUAAUUCUGGCUAACUAUUCCCCAUCAUCACCGCAUUUCUCGUCGUCAUGGUUUCAUGUUAAUUGCUUGCCGAAUAAGGGCCUAGUCAGGCUGCCACCAUUGACUCUGCCAUUGAAAACUUGCUCAUUUCAUCUGGAUGAAUUUGAGACUGAAAUUGAAGAACCCGUAGAGGGAGUUAUGUGGGUAGAGAGGAAGAGAGAGUUCAUAGUAGCAUAG